AUGUUUGUAAACCUUACGGAGCCCCCUGCAUUGGAGAUGUGCAUUCUGCCAGCCAGCAAGGUGCGGGCAUCUCCCAUCUGCCUUCGGUUGCGGCGCUGCACCUUUUCAAGAAGUCGUUUUUUCACUGCUCCCGCGGAUUAUUUAGUCAUUAUCUUCAUGAUCCUGGAAGAUACAUUUCAUUUGUGCAAUCCUUUUUCUGCGUGUGAUACUUCGUUUGAUUUGGGUAGUUGUGCAGCAAGUAAGCAACAGCAGCAGCAGCCGAAGCGCCCGCUGCAGCUGGAUGCUGAUGUGGACUGCAGCAGGGACAGCAAUGGGGCGAUUGGAGGUGACGAGCGGCCGGCGAAGGUGCAGACAGGAGCGCUGGCAGGCGUGGCUCGUAUGAGGCGAGGAGAUGGGUGGGGAGACAGGACAGGAACAAAGGAGCAGACAGGAGCGAGUGGAGAGAUGGGGCAGGGGCACAAGCAGGCGGCAUUGGGGCACUGUGAGGCGUUGGCAUGUCAGCGCGAUGCACCGAGGUCGGAUGACGCAAGGGGACGAGGGAGGGGGGGGCAUGGUUGGGUGAAGCAGAAUGUAUCCCCUCUUCUUCCCCUCGCCUUCAGUAACCCUGCACGUUCUGCAGCUCUCGUCGCCUGCCUCGUCCCCUUCCCCUCGGUCAUCUCCACCCGCACCCUCUUCUCCCUCCUCCUUUCACCGUUCGAUCUCAACCCCACCUUUCCUCGCCUCUCUUGCUUCUCAUUCCUGUUCGCCAUCCGCCUUCUCGAACCUCCUUCUCCCAUCCUUUCCCCCCCUCCUUCCCCACCUCCUUCCCCCAUUCCCUCAUACCCUCCUCUGUCCCCUGUCCCUCCCCACCAUGAGUCUCCUUUCCGCGUAGGGGGAGGCGCGAGGGUGGGCGCGGAAGGCGGAAGAGGCGGCAAUUGCGCAGUACCUCCCGUGCCACUGCUGAAAGGCGGAACUGUGCGCAGCAGGGGGAGUGGCGGGGGGGGGAUUGUGACCAAGAACCGCCUGGGCGAUAAGGCGGAGUUGGGGGGAACGCGGAAGGUGGAGGAGGAAGGGCGUGUGGCGGAAGCGGACGAGGCGCGGGGGAGUACGCGGAAGGAGGCGGAACUGGUGCAAGGGGGGCGGGCAAAGGGGAAAAGAAGGGCAGUGCUGGAGGUGGAGCGGCCUUCGCGGAAGCAGAUUCCGCGCCGAGUGCAGGCAUCUCCUCUUCGAAGCGAUCCAACUCGCUUAGAAGAUGCGCCAUGGCUGCUAGAACCAUCCAGCUGGGUAAUCUACCGGUAG